AUGAAGGGGAUGCAGGAAGGAAAAACGAGAAUCGUCGAGAUUCGACCCCCAGUUUUGCUUCAACCACACGUUAUAAACGCAUUCUGGCCGCCGAAAAUGCAAGACACGAAGGAGUUCACAGGAACGGGAAAUGGAGAUGAGGGCUGUCCGUUGUUGGCAACAAGGUGCAGGAGAUGCGUACCGGCAAGGACAGAGACGGUUGGCAGCGCCAGCGGCGAUCUGCUUGGUUGCACGGCCCGGUUGUGUAAAUCCACGUUGACACGACAGCAACAAUUUCAUUUCGGUGACGCGCAGCAGAGGGUAAAAACGAGCCGCUUCGACGGGCGUCUCACUUUCGAUUCAAGGCAUCAUGUUCGCAAGUGA